GCUAUCUGUAGCCUAGUCAUAAGCAUCAGUGUGAGUCAAGUAACCUCUAGACAGCCUUUCUUUCUUCAUCUCUUACUUCAAGUGCGAACCAUCAUGUCCCAACAGCGGCUGGACGAGGAGACGCCAUUGCUGCGACCCGUGCAACAGAAGAAGGCUAGGACACCAUUACCUUGGCGUCAAUUCUCUAUCAUACUGUUUCUCCAGCUCGCAGAACCACUUACUUCACAAGUUAUCUCUCCCUUCGCACCCCAGUUAAUAAGAGACAUCGGUAUUACAAAUGGCGAUGAAACCAGUGUAGGAUACUAUGUCGGACUGAUGUACUCCAUAUUCUUUGCCUCACAAGCGCUCACCGUUCUCCAUUGGAGUCGUAUAUCGGACCACAUUGGACGGAAGCCUGUUAUUUUGACAGGCUUGUUCGGAUUGUCUAUCUCGAUGUAUUGUUUCGGCCUAUCUAAAACCUUUGCGGGACUCAUACUGAGCCGUGCUCUAAAUGGUGCUUUGAACGGCAAUGUUGGCGUAAUUAAAAGCAUGAUGGUGGACAUCACCGACUCUACCAACUUGGCCCAGGCGUAUGCAUAUAUGCCAAUAGCUUGGUCAACCGGCGGGACCAUUGGCCCCCUUAUAGGCGGAUUGUUAUCACCACCACUUGAACGAUUCCCGAACGUCUUCAAACAUUCCCAAUUCUUGAAGACCUAUCCCUACUUCCUUGCAUGCGCUGUACCUGCCACAUUCUCUGCACUGGCUUGGGUCGUGACGUUCUUUUUCUUGCGAGAGACUGUACCUACCAGGGUGACUCUCGGGCAUUUUCUCAGGGGAAAAUAUCACAAAAAUACCACCCCUAGCCCCGUGACUGUAACAGGGUCGGCUGAAUUCCUCAGCACCGAAGAUGCCGCUCAACGUGCAAACGCCGAUGACUCCAAGCCACUACCCCUUCGCUUGCUCUUGAUACCCAGGGUAAUCAUAGCUGCUGGAAACUAUGCCGCUCUGUCACUUCUUGACAUCGCAUUUCGUGAUGUACAACCUCUGUUCUUCGCCACACCAGUAGAACUCGGCGGACUAGGAUUAGAUCCCCCGCAAAUCGGCAACAUCCUAGCUAUCUACGGUGUGAUGAACGGCUUGUUCCAAAUAUUUUUCUUCGCCGAUCUGCAUGAUCGGUUCGGCUCAAAGAUAAUAUAUUCUGCGGCAAUGGCUGCUGGAAUUCCGAUGAUCAUCACUUUACCCAUCCUCAAUGCUGUCGCCAGAGUACAGGGUUUGAGCCUCAUGGUAUGGGCGAUUGUUAGCCUGCAACUUGUUCUUUCAAUGAUAUUGAACCUGGGGUAUUCUUGCGUAUUCAUCUAUAUCGCAGCAGCGUCUCCGAAUCAAGCGUCUUUUGGUACGACGAGUGGGAUUGCUCAGCUGGGUGUUUCGAUCGUACGAGCUAUUGGUCCUGCAUCCGCGACGUCUGCGUUCUCGCUAUCUAUCAAGAAUCCCCACCACGCAUGGGUCAUUUACUAUUAUAUGAUUGCCCUGGUCUGCAUAGGCAUCUUCGCGUCACUGUUCCUUCCUCGGCAGUCGUGGAAGAGUCAACGUUGACGAAUCUUGCGCACCACGGCGAUUUCACUGAGGGUAUUUGGAAGGCUGUAGAAGAAGAUGAAAACGGGCACCUAGGGCGAAUAUUCAAGCUGUAAUAUUGUCUGUGCUGACGGCAGAUGAUUAGAUCUCCUUUCGUGCAACUCCCCAGAUUUGAAGCAUUGGAA